UUCAGAGGGAAACUCCCCCCUUGUCCAGGAUCCCUGCUCCAGCAGAACCACAGCUGUUUCCAUCUUCCAUUCCAGGGGAGGCUCCUGCCUUCCUCAGCAGACACCUGGCUUUUCAAACCAAGGCAAGACCCUUCUUGGGAAUCAGGCAGCAUCUUCCACCAUCUAAACCCCACGCGGGUACAAAGUGGUGCCCAAGGUGGGUUGAGCAGCGCGGGGGCAGCUCCGGGCACCGGGAGGAGCCGCAGCCAUGUCGGAACGGAAAGUGCUGAACAAAUAUUACCCCCCGGACUUCGAUCCCGCCAAGAUCCCGACGCUGAAGCUCCCCAAGGACCGGCAGGACAUGGUGAGGCUGAUGGCCUCCUUCAACAUGAGGUGCAGGGCGUGUGGCGAGUACAUCUACAAGGGCAAGAAGUUCAACGCCCGCAAGGAGACGGCGCAGAACGAGGCCUACCUGGGGCUGCCCAUCUUCCGCUUCUACAUCAAGUGCACGCGCUGCCUGGCUGAGAUCACCUUCAAGACAGACCCCCAGAACACGGAUUACGCCGUGGAGCACGGCGCCACCAGGAACUUCCAGGCAGAGAAGCUGCUGGAGGAGGAGGAGAAGAGGAGGCAGAAGGAGAGGGAAGAGGAGGAGCUCAACAAUCCCAUGAAGGUCCUGGAGAACCGAACCAAGCACUCCAAGCUGGAGAUGGAGGUCCUGGAGAACCUGCAGGAGCUGAAGGAGCUCAACCAGCGCCAGGCCAACGUGGAUUUUGAGGCCAUGCUGAAGCAGCACAAGGAGCUGGAGGAGGAGCAGAGGCACAAGGAGCAGGAGGAGGACGAGCAGGAGAUGAAGGCCUUGCUGGAACAGGCCCAGAACCGCCGGCUCCUGGCGGAUUCUGACUUGGAUGAAGAACCAGCCAAACGCUGUCCGAAUCCCACAACCCAAACAAAACCCACGGACAUCCUGCAGGAGGACCCCCGGAGCAAGAGGCCGAGGAUGGAGAGCUGGGAGCGCAGUGUGGGCAAGCUCAGCACCAAGGCCCAGCUGGCCGGGCUGGUGGCCCGCAGGAAGCAGAAGCCAGAUCCUGCCCUGGAUAAGGGGAUGGAAACCCCAGGCACCACGGCCACCACCGGCUCAUUUCCAGCAGCAGCAGCAGCAGCAGCCACGUCCUCGCUGGGUUUGCUGGGAGCCUACUCAGACAGCGCCAGCGACUGAAGAGCCAGAGGGACAGGGACAGAGCAAGGAUGAGGCUGUCCCUGCUCCCUGCUGCUCCUGGAGCCCCACCUGGAGCAGAUCCCACCCCUGCACAACUGGGGGGCUCCUCCAGCCCCUCACUGCGGGGACAGGGCUGUCCUGCCAGCACCAGCUCCCCUGGAUGUCCCCAGGAGCUCGGGGACAAAUCCCUCCCUGCUGUUCUGUGCCUGCUGGGCUACAGCAGCCACAACUCUAGAAUAAAUGGGAUCUGGCAGAAAAAAAACCAAAAAAGCACCAAAAAAACCAAACAAAAACAAAACAAACAAACAAAAAAGGACUUGACUGCUUUGCUUGGAUUCCUACCCAAGCAGCUUGUCCACAGGAGAUGCUUCUUGGGAUUUAGGUAGCAGCUUCCCCCUCUAAACCCCACGCUGCUACAAACUGGCACCCUGGCCGUGGGGCUUCUCGUUAGCCCUCAGAAAGCGUCUCCACUGGCCAGCCACUGGAUUUUAAGUUGCAGCCAAGUGCUCCAGUUCCCUGAGGGAAAAAACCCAACGUUCUGGGGAAUUUCUCAGGGGCCAAGUGACAACCCUCAAGGCCUCGAGGGCUGGUGGACAAAGGGAAACUCCUGUGAGAUCUUUCUUUUGAGCUGUUUUGUCCCUCUUUUCCCAACAAUCUCAGAGCACUGAGGCACCGAGAAACCAUCUGUGACAGCACUGCCUGUGAGGAAGGGUGCUGACUGUCCCAGGCCUACCAACACCUUCAGGCAGGGACAUGGAGCACGCUGGUGAGAGCCCUUUCUGCUGAAUCCAAGGAUGAAGCGAUCGCCGAAUUCCAGCUGCUAAACCUGGACCUCCUGAUGGGCCAGGAGAUGUUUUAAUCACAGGAGACUGUCACCAUGAUAUUUUAGGAAAAUCCCUUUGCCAGGAUUUUUUCUCCUGAGAAGCUGAGAAGCCUCAGAGGAAAAGAAAAACAAUAAUUAUCUGCUGCUGUGGAAUGCAACUGGGGCAUCUUUGAGUGGUCCAUGUGAGCUGUUUCUACUUGAUGACCAAUCAUCAGUCCAGCUGUGCCGAGGCUCUGAGCAGUCACGAGCUUUUGUUACCAUUCCACUCUAUUCCUUUCCAGCCUUCUGAUGAAUUCUUCUCUCUAUUCUUUUAGUGCAUUUUUAGUGUAGCAUUUUUAAUAUGAUAUAUAUCAUAAUAUAAUAAAUCAGCCUUCUGAAACACAGAGUCCAGAUUCUCAUCUCUUCCCCCGUCCUGGGGACCCUCGAGCACAGCCACAGAGAUGCUGUAAAUGAGUUCCAUGUGUUUCCAGGAGUGCAGGCUGUGAGACAAUGGAUGAGACCACAGUGACUGCAACACGUGCAGACCCGCCUUGGUGCCUGACUAAGGGCACACCUACCCCCAAGCUUUUCUUGUACCACCUGGGCUGAUGUUUUGCCAGAAAAUCCUAUGGGUUUUUGGGCAGAGCUGCUCUGCCAAGACAGACCUCUUAUAGAGUGUGGUUAUCUAACAAAGGCAUCAAAGUUUCUCCUGCAGGUGUGGCUGACACCUGGUCAGAUGUCACCAUCACUGCUCACCCCAAGUGGCCACAGGGCUGGGAAGUGCCAGCCAAGGGAGUCAUCUCUGGGACUGGAGCAGCUGCCACCUCUGUGUGGAGUGAAAGGCCAAUCCUUACUGAAGGUCCCAAGGGUCAAACUGCCACAGUAAGACCUUUCAUGGUAAAGGCACCUGUCAUUCUGUGGGGCACGGAGCUUGGAACACGAGCUGUGUGAAGAACGGCUGAGGGAGCUGGGGGUGUUCAGCCUGGAGAAAAGGAGACUCAGAGGUGACCUUGUCACUCUCUGCAGCCUCCUGAAGGGGGGCUGUGCUGAGCUGGGGUCGGUCUCUU